CUGUGUGGAUGUGUGCAACGCAGUGGCGACUGCCAUAGUGUAUUUUAUUUACAGCCGAGCAGUCGUGUUUCGAUCGGGAACCGCGCAACAGUACUGUGUCGACGGUAAAUAUAAAAAAUAAGAAAUAAAAAGUUGGGCACAUUAUAGGAAACUGUUAUUCGACCCACGUCAAUAUUAAAAUUUUGGUUUCAAUUCACAGUUUUAUGCCAAAUGUAUUUCAUAAUUUAAUGACGACUUAUCGUUCGCUCAACUUGACAUUGCAUUGGUGUAAAAUAUUGUGUACUUUAAAUAACAAUUACAAUCGCUGGCCGUAAAGUGUGAUUGUGUUUACACACUGUUUAUGAAUAGCAACUAACAAGACAAGAUAGUAAAAAAUUGAAGCCACAACUGUCGCCGGUACUCGAGUGCCGCCGUCAGUAGACCAUGUCAACGCGGUCGGUACCUACACGUGAGUUGACGAUUGCCGAUCACACUGUUAUUGCCAUUAAGUCCAUCGAUCGUUCGGUUAGGAUCUUUUCGACAUAACAGCAACAAGUGGAUGAAAGCCAGUACGAUAAUUCUAUUAUUAACACCCACGUCGAAUUAACGCCCACCAAUGUACGUGUCGCUAUGCAGAGGACUUCCGGAGAGUUCCUUCAGCCUUUUACAUUCUCUCAAACAAAAUUCAAAUUACAGAAUGGAAAAUUCAAAAAUUAUAAGUUAACUUUGUAUUUGGUCUUUUAAGAACGUUUGGUUUGGACCCCAUUAAUAAUUGUAAAUUAACGAACAGAAACCAACUAAGCCACAAGCGAGACAGCAUCAAUAUAAUUUGGCCACUGCAGGUCCACCUAGAAGAAAAAUUUCAAAUUUUGUAAGGCCACAGUUCAACGGGCCAAUGGAGUUAGAGACUCUUAUGGAAGAAGGGGCAGUGCCAGGAUCUGAUGGAGAAAAUAACUUAACACCAGCAAGUAAUACGAAAAACGGCAAUCGUUUCACAAUGGCCAACGGAGAAAAAACUCAGACCACAGUCACCUCUACUUCUAAUGUGCAACCGUUUAGUGAGAGCACACGAGGCUCUGCUGUCAAUUUGUUUAUUGCUUCAUAUGCAGCUAACUUUGGAGCCAUUGCAGCAGGCUGUGCUCUAACAUGGUCAUCACCUAUUUUGGAAAAAUUUAAAAACGGAAGUGAUUCAAGUAUUUCUUUAAAAAUCACUCAAGAGGAAGCUACUUGGAUUGGUUCCCUGGUAACAUUAGGAGCCGCUGUCGGACCUAUACUUUCCGGUUUUUUAUUGGAUCGACUAGGACGAAAAAAUACUGUUCUAUUUAGCAUGAUUCUAUCUAUUGUGUCAUGGACAAUGAUUAGUUUUAUUCCUAACUUAUACGUAUUGUAUGUGGCCAGGGUGUUAUCAGGUAUCAGUGUUGGUUUAAUUUUCACUGCCGUUCCAACUUACAUCGCCGAAAUCGCAAAACCUGAUUUGAGAAGUUCUUUGGGUACGGUGAUGCAAUUCUUCUUAUGUGUUGGAUUUUUAUUAGAAUACAUCGUGGGACCGUACACGUCUUAUCUUACCUUGGCACUUGUAUCUUUGGCAACACCAAUAUUAUGUUUUGCUACAUUCAUGUGGAUGCCUGAAUCACCUUAUGCAUUGUUGGGUAAGUCUAAAGAAGACCAAGCACUAAAAUCAUUGAGAUGGUUGCGUGGAAAUCCUCUAGAAACGUUUGUAGUUAAAGAAUUAAAUGAAAUUAAGAAAUCUGUUGAAGAAUCUAAGAAUAAAAAUUCAGGGUUUAGUGAGCUGUUUGCUAACAAAGGUAGUAUCAAGGCUGUUAUCAUUUCUUUAUCAAUGGUGGCUUUUCAACAACUUUGUGGUAUCAAUGUCAUUUUGCUCUAUAGUGAAUCUAUUUUUAAAGCAGCCAGUGCUACUAUUUCUUCAAGCAUGUGCACAAUAAUUAUUGGAUCUGUAAUGCUGGGUGCAGCUAGUAUAACUCCUUCUCUUGCUAAAUUUAGCUCUAUAAAGAUGUUAUUAUACAUUUCAGCCAUUGGAAUGUUUUGUUCAGAAGCUACUCUAGGAUUUUAUUUUUUAGCUGUGAAGAGUAAAAUGAAUGUUUCUCAUUUUCAAUGGUUACCUAUAACUAGUUUAGUAAUCUUCAUCAUAACAUAUUGCCUUGGUUUUGGACCACUGCCUUGGGCAAUUAUGGGAGAAAUGUUUCCAUCUAAUUUAAAAUCUGUUGCAACAUCGCUCACAGCCAGUUUCUGUUGGCUUCUUGGUUUCGUGUUAACUUAUAAUUUCCCUGGCAUGAGAGAUUUGCUGGGAAUGGAUUUUGUUUUUUUUCUUUUUGCCUUUUUCUGUAUCAUGGCUUUGAUAUUUUCAUUGUUUAUACUGCCAGAUACCGAAGGCAAAACGUUACAAGAAAUACAAGAUAUUUUAAACGGACGAACAAGUACACCAGUCAAUAGUAAUUGUACUGAUAAAGCAAUUUAACUAGAAUAUGAAAGCGACUGAUUUUAUUAAUAAUAUUAUAUAUUUGACCAAUGUAUAUAAUAUGUAUAUAAUCAUGUUUUUCAAAUAACUUAAUUAUAAAUAGUCUUUUAUUGUAUAUGAUCUUUAUAAAAAAAAAACUCACUACAUUUAUAA